AUGUCAUACAACAGCGGGUAUGGAAACCAGCAGGGCGGUGCGAACUCGUCCUACUACAACAGCGGUGGCCCUCAGAACCAAGGCCAGAAUCCAUAUGGUGGGCCACCACCGCUGAACGGCCAGCAGCAGGGAGGUCCUCCUCCUAGCUACAACCAUGGUCCUGGCUUCAACCAGGGCGGCAACCACGGUCCUGGCUUCAACCAGGGCGGCAACCACGGCCAGUCAUACCAAGGUGGUCCUGGUGGUGCUGGUCAAGAUGGCGAGCGUGGCAUCCUGGGCGCGAUGGGCGGAGGUGCCGCCGGUGCCUUUGCGGGCCACAAGAUGGGCCACGGCAUUCUCGGUGCCAUCGGUGGAGCCGUUGCCGGCCACUUUGCCGAGGAGAAGGUCAAGGACUGGAGGGACGACAAGAAGGAGGAUGAGGAGAAGCGUAAGAGGGAAGAGGAGGAGAGGCGUAGGAGGGAGGACGAUGACAGACGCCGCAGGGAGGAGGACGACCGCCGCCGCCACGACAACAGCAACAGGGGUUUCUCUCCGCCCAGGGGCAACUAUGCCGGCAACUUCUCGGGUUCGUCCCGUGACAUCGGCCUGGACGGCGCCCGUCUGCGGGCCGAAUGCCGCCGCGGCGACGGAGGCUACAACACCAGCGUCAUUGAUCUGAACCGCUACCUCUCCAACGAUAAUGGCAACUUCCGCUGGGUCUCUGGGGGUGGUGGUGGUGGCGGCAGCGCGACCGUCACGGUGCAGCAGGGUGAUACCCUGAGGGAGAUUGCAAGGAGGUUCGACUGCGACUUCCACGAGAUCGCCAGGAGGAAUAACAUCCAGAACGAGGACCUGAUCUACCCGGGCCAGGUUCUGCAGGUCCCGACCAAGGGUGGCUCGGGUGGUGGUAACGGCAACUUCUGGGAGUCUGCACGUGAUGUCAGGCUGGUCGACGGAGGCAAGGUUCUUGAGGCAGAGCUGCGGUACUCGGGAGGAUGGAACAGGUCUCGCAUCUAUCUGGAUGAGCACAUUGGAAACCGGAACGGCGAGCUUAUCCACUGUUAA